AUGCUCCGCCGCGCCGCCCCCUCCGCCGCCAGCGCGCUCCUCCUCCGCCGUGCCCUCUCCACCUCACGGCCACGCUCCCCCUCCGCGGCCACCGCGGUCGCGUCCUCCUCGGCGGUGAACUCCAUCAUCCUCCGUUCCCUCAAGGAGCACUACCUCGAGGUCAACAAGAUGACGCCCCCGCCCAAGAUCAGCCCGCCCAGGCCCUACACCAUCGUCAAGGGCGCCCUGGACCAGUCCACGGGCCCCGUGCUCCGCCGCGCCUACGGGGACGCCGGCGAGGAGAUCUCCAUCUCCGUCGCCAGGCUCGCCAACAUCAUGCCCCCCGGCGCCGACUUUGACUCCGACUCCGACGGCGGAGGCGGGCCGAGCGAGUCCAUUAGCCAGCUCUUCCUCCACGUCGACAUCUCCAGGCCGGAGAGCGGCAAGUCGAUGCAGUUCCUCUGUGGGCUGUAUCCCGACGCCGUGGGGAUCCACUCUGUCUGCCUUCGGUCAAAGACUGCGCCGUCUGGGGCGGCGGCGGCGGCGAUUGCGGCCAAGGGAGGUGGCGAGUACCAGGGUCGCAUAUUCCAAGAGUUGGACGAGAAGGUGCGUGAUGCAUUCCAUCUUUACAUCGAGGCCCGUGGCAUAAAUGAGAAGCUCUUCCCUUUUCUACAAGCUUGGCUCUAUGUGAAGGAUCACCGCAACCUGGUACGCUGGUUCAAGAGUGUGGGAACAGUCAUCAGUGAGCCAAAGCCUGAGCAAAAAACCGAAUGACAAGAACACUUUGUCAAGAUCACCCGUGAGGUGGGCGCGGACAAGUUUUUGCUUGGUGAAGAGGACCCUGAGGAUCGUGAGUAGUGCUAGUAUAAAGUGGCUGCAGUGUACAAGAUAGUGCAAUCAGCUAAUGUAUACCGUAUUGUGGGUUAGUUUUGAGUGACCCCCU